GAUGACAGCAAAUAUCAGCGCGCUUCUGAUAGGAAUGGCGUAGAAGGCGUUAAGUCGAGCAGGCAAGGCACUCCUCGACAUCCUCAAGACAAUGCAAAGUACCCAGAGCGAAAAGCUCCUGCGGAUACUACAGGUACUGGCAAAGAUAAGACUAAACGUGCACCAGGUAGUUCAGAAGCAACUACUCCUACUGAUCCACCGGCUCGGUCCGAUGAGCCUGAGAAGGAGUACGAAGAGGAUAAACCCGUCGACAUAGAUGCUGAAUUAGAACGUAGACGUCGUCGUCGCGAAGAACUUCUUGCUAAGUCGCGUGGUGCCACACCCAUGCUAGUACAAGCUCUCCAAGCAUCAGAGAAGACGAAUGGAUCAUCGACAGGGGGUAGUCAAACAAGGGCAAGCACGCCCAUGGCUGUCGAUGGAAACACUCCUCGAUCCAGUAAGCAACUCUCUGUUCUCAGUCAGAUUAACCCAUCAUUAACAUUACCUACAGUUACUACAUCACCAAAUUCUCCGGCCCGUGGUCUUCAAGAAGGAAUGUCGCCUGCCGCAAUUGAGAUAUCCAGCGACCAAGAACUUAUCAACACGCAUGGCAAAUUUAAAGGUACUGAUGAAGAUGGUCCUUCUGCAGCAGACUACGAUCCCACGGUAGACAUGAGAGAGGAUGAGUUACGAGAUGAGCGUCGCCAUGGCCAUAUCGGUCCCCAUGGAGAGGUGCUCCCUUCUAAUCAGAAAGCUGAGAUAGCCGUGGUAGAUGAGCCGCAGACACAGGAGAAGUCAAGAACAGAUGAAGACGAUGACUUCGACAUGUUUGCUGAAGAGUUUGACGAAGAGAAGUUUGCUGCGCCGAAACCUACUCACCUAGAUGCCGCCGCAGACAAUGGCGAAGUUCCUGUUCCCAUUAUUCACGCCAAUGCUGGUGGUAUCCUCGAAGGUGACGACAAAGAGGGAUAUUACAAAAUCCGAAUUGGUGAGAUCAUGGACGGUCGAUACCAAGUUCAAUCAACUCUUGGUAAAGGCAUGUUUUCCGGUGUUGCCCGAGCCAUGGACAUUACGAACAAGAAAUUGGUCGCCAUCAAGAUGAUGCGAAACAACGACGCCCUCAGGAAAGGAGGCUUUACUGAGAUCGCGAUUUUGCAGAAAUUAAACGAGGCCGACCCUGAGAAUCGUAAGCACAUUGUGAAAUUCGAGCGUUACUUUGAACAUAAGGGUCACCUUUGUCUAGCAUUUGAAAAUCUCAGCUUGAACUUGAGGGAGGUUUUGAGGAAGUUUGGCAACAAUAUCGGUAUCAAUCUAAGUGCAACACGGGCAUAUGCACACCAGAUAUUUGUGGCUUUAGCUCAUCUUCGGCGAUGCAGUAUUAUUCACGCUGACUUGAAGCCGGACAACAUCUUGGUCAAUGAAAAUCGCAACGUCCUUAAGAUCUGUGAUUUGGGUACGGCUAUUGAUAGAUCAGAUGCUGCAACUGCGAAUAACGAAAUCACACCGUACCUGGUCAGUCGAUUUUACCGAGCACCAGAGAUCAUCCUCGGGAUGCCGUACGACUACGCCGUUGAUAUGUGGUCCAUAGGCUGCACAUUGUAUGAGCUCUAUACCGGCAAGAUUCUAUUUACGGGCGACAGCAACAACCAAAUGCUUAAAGCAAUAAUGGAGAUCCGUGGCAAGUUUAGCACCAAGCUGUACAAACGCGGCGAAUUAUCCCAUAUGCACUUUGAUGAGGUUGGUAAUUUUAUCAGCCACGAGAGGGAUAAGGCGCUUGGAAAGACAACGGUACGAACUCUGGCUAUUGUUAAGCCGACUCGUGAUCUUCGCACUCGCCUCUUGGCCGCCUCUGGAGGCAUGAACGAUGUGGAGUCCAGGGAUCUCAACCACUUUGUGGACCUCCUAGAAAGAUGCCUGACACUCAACCCGGAUAAGAGGAUUACUCCAGCUGAGGCUCUGAAGCACCCUUUCUUCACAACUAAGCUUGCUGGACCCCAAAGGUAGAGCCAUGUGGGACCACCGCGAAUGUUGGGUCAUAGUGGUGCCUAUUAAUAUGCUGAAUAUACGGCAUCUUACUAAACGUCUCACGCAACAGCAGACCUCUAUUGCAGAUUCCAUUGGAACCCUUGGAUUAACCCUCAGGGAGACGGGUGGAGUUAUCGUGGUGACAUGCAAUGCGGCUACGUGAUUCGCGCCGAGAUACUUCGAUAACAAUGUGGGAAUAUGGUCGCCUCGAGUGGACAGUCUUUUUCUAAGGUUCUAUUAAUAGUGCUCUAUCCAUGACGCGUGGGGCUAGUCGGAGGACUUCGUUAAUGUUAUAUAGUCCCAAAGAAGCCACACUAUCCAGGCGCAAGGGGGGUAAUGGAUGCCGAAAUGCCUUGAUUUAGAAUACAAGACAACACAAUAAAUGGUAUAAUCAUGAGCUACCUAUUUCUA